AUGAACAACAAUAGUCAUACAAAAUUCGAUAUUCUUCCUAAGAUUAUGACUUCAUAACACAAAUUGCUUGAACCAGCCUAUCUAAGGAAUACUCGAAGCAAAUUUAGUCUUAAUGAAAGCAAAAUGUUACCUCUUAUUCAACGAAGUUCCAUCUAAUAAUAAAGUCCAAACAUAAAACAAUUAGUUGUUCAAAGUAAAUAGACUAUUUAUCAAAGGACUUGUUAAUAGUCUUGAUUUUAAUUCAAGACAUUUUGGGGCUGCUUGUGAUAGAGGCUUUUAAGGUUUGUCUAAAUUUCAUUAUUCUCAAAAAUUUGGUCAUUCUAGUGCACGAUUAGAACCUUUAAAUAGAAAUGUUGUUACAGAACUAACUGAUACAGAAGACACAGAAUCUAUUCCAAAAGAGGAGAGGACAUAUUUUAAGAAAAUUUACAAAUAUCAAAAGAUGCCCAUACUUGCUUUAAUAAAAUCUUUCGAAAUAGAGUGGAUAAGAGAAUUCGAAGAUGAAGUAAAUAAGAAAUCAACAAAACCUCUAUAAUUAACAUUUUAAAUGGCUUUAGCAAUAUUAAAUACUCAUUCAGAUUCAUUAGAUUUCUUUCAAAAAAACUUAUAAUUACUGGAGAGAAAUACUGUAGCAUUAAAAUAAAAGGGUUUAAAUAGAUUAAAGUAUAAAGUUAAGUAAUUUGAGACAGAAGAAUUCCAAAGAGUGAUUGUGAUCAAGAAUUAAUCAGGUUAAGGAUUCUUUAGAAUUUAUUAUCCAAUUAUUCAAUUAUAUUAAUAAGAAUACUAACAUAUAUAGACAAUUGAUUUGUCUCCCUAAAAACUCUAUGAUAUUGUUAAAAAUAAUUUCUUUGAAAUGCAUUCAUUUGUAGAAUAAUUUGAUAAUGAAAAAUUAUAAUUGUAUAUUCAAACUAAAUAAGAAGAUGGAUUAAUAUUAUAAGAUUUAAUUGAGCCAUAACCUCAAUAACAAACAUCAUAAUCAGACAUUUAAACUGGUUAAGAUAAUGCAAUAUAAAAUAAAAUUUAAACUGGGUUGCCAGUUAAUAAAGAAUUAACAAUUCUCAUUAUUGAUUGUAAAUUAUUAUAUUUAAUUAGAAAAACAUGAAUUUCCUGAAAAGAUUUUAACACAAAGAUGGAUAAAAUAAGUUACAAAUUUGGAUAAUAAUUAUUAUACAACUGAUUUUUUACCUACAUAAAUCUUAAUAAGGGAGAAAAAAUCAUAACAAAUAAUUAAAAUGUAUUCCCCAACUCUCAAAGAAUUAGAUUCAAUAUUUGUCUUGUUGAAUAGUAAAAACAUGUAAUAGAUUCUUGAUGAAUAUGUUGUACCUAUCUUUGACUUACCUCCAGAAGCCUUUAAUUAUAAAGAUUUUAAAAAGGGAACCAAAAUUCAAUUAAAUUUACCUAUUAUAACUGAAUAACCUUUAGAAAUUACAGAAGAAUAAAUUAACAAUGGUUUAUUUAAUGUAUGGACCAAAGAUAUUGAAAUUAAUAAUAAAGAUUUGUAAAUUAUAAUAGAGUAAUUAUUUUUUAUUAUUAUCAGACCUUGUAUAUUGGAAAUUUAUGAUUAAUUAAAAGCUAGUACAAUUAAAAAAGUAUGCACUUCUAAGGAACUUACUUAAAUUUUAUCAAACAGAUAUUAAAUUGGAUUUAGAUUAAUAUGA